AUGACAUACUAUGUAUUGUUGUUAAGUAUGGUAUUUGUUGCGGGGUUUGUGGGAUUUUCAUCUAAGCCAUCUCCGAUUUAUGGGGGUUUAUGUUUGAUUGUGAGUGGGGGUGUUGGUUGUGGCAUCAUUUUAAGUUAUGGGGCUUCGUUUUUAGGAUUAAUAAUGUUUUUAGUAUAUUUAGGGGGUAUGUUAGUAGUGUUUGGUUAUACUACUGCAAUGGCUACAGAGGAGUAUCCGGAGUCUUGGGGAUCAAAUGUGGUGGUCUUGGGGACGUUGGUUGCGGGGUUGUUAAUAGAGUUAAUUUUGGUAGGCUUAUUUAUGGGAGACGGGUUUAUGGGUUGAGAGUUGGGGUUAAAAGGUUGCGAGAGUUUAGGGGUGCUUGGGGGUGAGGAGGGUGGUUAUGUACGUGAGGAUUCUAUAGGGGUGGCUGCUUUAUAUGGUGGUGGUGGGUGGUUGAUAUUAUUGGCGGGGUGGAUGUUGUUCGUUAGUAUUUUUGUUGUGAUUGAGAUUACUCGGGGCUUUAGA